AUGAAUCACAUGAGGUUGGAAGAAAGGUAUGAGGAGCUCACAACCUUCAAGUGGAUGAAAGCAAAGCAGUCAAAGGCUGAAAAUGAUCCAGCAAACAAUCAUGGUCGCCUCACUGAAGUUCUUCCAUCUCACCAGAUCAUCUUCUAUGAGGACAGGAACUUCCAGGGUCGUUCCUAUGAGUGCAUGAGUGACUGCUCUGACAUGCACUCCUACCUGAGCAGGUGUCACUCCUGCAGGGUGGAGAGCGGCUGCUUCAUGGUCUACGACCGCCCCAACUACAUGGGCAACCAGUAUUUCAUGAGAAGGGGCGAGUAUGGCGAUUACAUGAGCAUGAUGGGAAUGAGGGACUGCAUCAGGUCCUGCCGCAUGAUCCCCUGGUACAGGGGAUCCUACAGGAUGAGGAUCUAUGAGAGAGAGAACUUCGGUGGUCAGAUGUACGAGGCGAUGGAUGACUGCGAUAAUUUUAUGGAUCGUUACCGUAUGAACGACUGCAUGUCCUGCCAUGUCAUGGAUGGCCACUGGCUGAUGUACGAGCAGCCACACUACAGAGGCAGAAUGAUGUACUUCUGGCCUGGAGAGUACAGGAGCUUCAGGGAUAUGGGCUGGAGUGGAAUGAGGUUCAUGAGCAUGAGGCGCAUCAUGGACUCUUACUACUAA